CCAGGAACCCACUGUUCUUAUUUAUUUGUAGGCUGGCAGUCAUAAUCUCCUCCUUGUCCAUAUGUUCCUUUCUUCUCGUAGUCCUGCCUCGUUAGCAGUCCUUCACAGUUUCAGAAGCGCAUCAUCAUUAUCAGUAUCCGCAUUCAAAGCUGUACCUCCCCGCCUUCAUAGCCGAACAGUGAGAGCGAUGUCGGCGACAGCAGCGAGACCAGAUCCAUUUCGUCCGGCGAAGAGAGUUGCGGGCCAGAGGCAGGAUGUCUGGUCAAUUGUCAACGAAGCCGCUGCCGCUUCGCCGGUCCAGCCGAUUGUGAACAUGGGUCAAGGCUUCUUCGGCUACAACCCUCCUCAAUUCGCUCUUGAUGCAGCCAAGGAAGCUCUCGACCGGGUCGAGUGCAACCAGUAUUCGCCCACGAAGGGCCGUCCCCGACUUAAGAAGGCCAUUGCCGACGCAUACUCUUCCUCCUUCGGACGAACCAUAAACCCGGAUACGGAAGUUUCCAUCACCACCGGCGCAAAUGAAGGAAUGUUGAGUGCUUUCAUGGGAUUCAUUGAACCCGGAGACGAGGUCAUCAUCUUCGAGCCCUUCUUUGACCAAUACAUCAGCAACAUCGAGAUGCCUGGCGGUACAAUUCGAUAUGUCCCCCUUCAUCCUCCCAGGGACGGUGCGACAAGGACUUCGCCUGCGUCUGAAUGGACGAUAGACUUCGAGGAACUGGAGAGGACGAUCAAUUCGAAGACAAAGAUGAUUGUCUUGAACUCACCACACAACCCAGUCGGAAAAGUCUUCUCGUGCGACGAACUUGAACGCAUUGGUCAGCUAUGUGUGAAGCACAAUCUUAUUAUCCUCUCCGACGAGGUGUAUGAUCGCCUCUACUACGUCCCUUUUACUAGAAUUGCUACCUUGUCCCCAGAGCUCUGGGAGCGUACUCUCACGGUUGGCUCCGCCGGCAAGGCCUUCUACGCUACUGGCUGGCGUGUAGGAUACCUCAUCGGACCGGAGCAUCUCAUCAAGUAUGUCGCCGCUGCACACACGCGUAUUUGCUACAGCAGUGUAUCUCCCCUUCAGGAAGCCGCCGCCGUGGCUUUCGAGCAGGCGGACAAGGUCGGAUUCUGGGACCAGAGCCGGACGGAAAUGAAGCAGAAAAUGGAACGCUUCUGCGAAAUAUUUGAUGAGCUCAACAUUCCCUACUCUGAUCCUGAGGGUGGCUACUUCGUCCUUGCAAACAUGUCUUCCGUCAAACUCCCGGAAGAUUACCCAUUCCCUCCCCAUGUCGCCAGCCGUCCUCGUGAUUUCAAACUUUGUUGGUUCCUGAUCCACGAAGUUGGGGUGGCAGCCAUCCCCCCGACGGAAUUCUAUACCGAUACGAAUGCCCACAUCGCCGAAGACUACCUUCGCUUCGCCGUCUGUAAAAACGAUGAUGUCUUAGAGACAGCGAAGGAGAGGCUCCGCGGUCUGAAGAAAUACAUCUCGAAGUAAGAACGCUCAGAAUUCGGUGGAUUCUUCGGUGAAAUGCGCUGCGAACGACGGAUGGACAUUCCCCGGGCUUUGUGUGCGCAGAACUUGCGUCGCGUUUAUAGGGGCUGCAAUGAAGCUUUCUGGCAGGCCGCGGAGGACUUGAAAAUCUAGAUUAGCGGGUUUUCGUUCUGUCUAUUGUAUCUCAGAUAUCUCAGCGUCUUGUUGUUCUUGCUUCAGGACAUGUCAAUCUAGCCUUUGAAGAACAUAUUGGCAUCAUCAUUGCAUAUCAUUUCUGCAGAUCGCUCUGAGGCUUUCGGCUGGGGAAAAGAGGUAAUAUGGCGGAGUAUUCAUUAUGCUCAUAGUGGAAGGAACUGACCAGAGAUGACUAUCUACUCUUAC